UUGUGACAGCCAGGUUGUCAGGGAGUGCGACGUCGCGCUUGAAACCCAACAACCAUCGCGGAGGGAUACAACGACGGAGACGCAGGGCAUCAGUAGGCGCGAGGCAGUCGUUGCUUUCUACGGAGGUUGAUCAGCACUCAAACAAUUCAAUUUUAAAACAAGCUACCUAGAAGAGCACACAAAUCUUACAAUGGCAGAUCAGUUGACAGAAGAGCAGAUUGCUGAGUUUAAGGAGGCGUUCUCUCUGUUCGAUAAGGAUGGUGACGGCACCAUCACCACCAAAGAGCUGGGCACAGUCAUGCGCUCACUGGGGCAGAACCCCACUGAGGCGGAGCUGCAGGACAUGAUCAACGAGGUGGAUGCUGACGGGAACGGCACCAUUGACUUCCCAGAGUUCCUCACCAUGAUGGCGAGGAAGAUGAAGGAUACAGACAGCGAGGAAGAGAUCAGGGAAGCCUUCCGCGUGUUUGACAAGGAUGGUAACGGCUACAUCAGCGCUGCAGAGCUGCGUCACGUCAUGACCAACCUGGGUGAGAAGCUGACUGAUGAGGAGGUGGAUGAGAUGAUCCGGGAGGCCGACAUCGACGGAGACGGACAGGUCAACUAUGAAGAGUUCGUCCAGAUGAUGACGGCGAAAUAGAGUGAAAAGGACCGAAUCAGACCAAACAGUGGGCCCCAAACCUCCACUGACUCCAUCCUCUCCGUCUUCAGCCCGUGUCCUCCACCUGUCUGUCUCUCUCUCCAGCGCACCUUCAUUCGGAGCGCCCCAUCCUUCUGUCCUCCACCUGUCUCUCUCUCUCUCUCCAGCGCACCUUCAUUCGGAGCGCCCCAUCCUUCUGUCCUCCACCUGUCUGUCUCUCUCUCCAGCGCACCUUCAUUCGGAGCGCCCCAUCCUUCUGUCCUCCACCUGUCUCUCUCUCUCUCCAGCGCACCUUCAUUCGGAGCGCCCCAUCCUUCUGUCCUCCACCUGUCUCUCUCUCCAGCGCACCUUCACUCGGAGCGCCCCAUCCUUCUGUCUCUCUCUCCAGCGCACCUUCAUUCGGAGCGCCCCAUCCUUCUGUCCUCCACCUGUCUGCCUCUCUCUCCAGCGCACCUUCAUUCGGAGCGCCCCAUCCUUCUGUCCUCCACCUGUCUCUCUCUCCAGCGCACCUUCACUCGGAGCGCCCCAUCCUUCUGUCUCUCUCUCCAGCACACCUUCACUUGGAGCGCCCCAUUCUUCUGUUCACCUGCUUGACAUUUGGUUGCUCAUCUACAGUACCCAUAACCACCCACUUAUUUACCCGAUGCCAACGAGCUCGCUCCGACACCUUGGCGUGUCCGGCCUGGAUCGGGUGUGGGCCGCCUGGGUCAGCCUGUUAUGUUCUGGAUUACUUUUGAUCCAUUUUAACCCAAUUACUUUCAAUAUUUAAAUCAAUUAAAAAAUAAAUCUAUUCUCUCAGUUUGAAACAUUUCCUGGAAAGAGAAAUAGUACACGUGCAAUGAUCAAACCUGAAAUAUUUAUAUAUAAAUCUAUACGCGUAUAUAUAGUGGAGGUGUUAAGCUAACAAUACUAACAAUAUUUUUCAAGUGUGACAUACAUGGACAAGAGCAAUGCAUGCUUUCUUUCUUUUCUCUUGUUUUUUUUUUCUUUGAGCAUGUUUCUGUGCUUCUCUGCCUGCCUGUGAUAUUUCUCCCCCUCUCUCUCUCUCUCCCUCUCCCUUUAUCCGUCUCAUCUUUUGACCAUGGUAUGUUGCCGCGCCACUCUGUCCCAAACGGUUCCGACUCAGAUAAAAGGGCAAGGUUAAGUUUACAGUUGACUGCCCUCUCUCAUCUUUUAGUGUUGCACUCAGAUAUCCCGCCAAUCCAACAGAUUACCUAGCAGCCCAAAGUAUCACUCUGUCGACUGUUGGCCCAAAGCUGCUGUUGUGCAGAGCCUCCAGCUGACAGCCAGGAGGAGCCGUCACCGGCUGUGUACAGCCAACCAGCCUACAACUCUCUCCACUCUGCCAACCCCGGCGUGGCAAUGCAUCUCUGCCUGGUGUAACAGACCAUGAGCCGAACUCUCUGGCUGAAGCAGCUCCGUCCCACGGUCAGGCAGCCGGCAGCUCUCCUCUCCCAUCUGUAGUUUAGUGUUGCAUCCUUGCGUCCAGCUGACCAGAGUCCUGCAGCAGCUCCAUCUCUGGCCCUCUCCCUGCAGCAGCGGCAUCUCUGUGAAGCAGUACUCCAACCUCUGCAGCUUGGGGUGGGGACGGGGGGCGUUGUAAGACGGGCACUGUAAGACGGGCACUGGGUCACCCUGUGGAGCUGCGUACUCUGGGUUCCGCCUCAGAUCUGGUGUAGAACCGCUCCAGGGUCGACAGCUGUCCGAGACGCAGCUCACUACCCGCGAGGAGUCGAGCUUCAGAGAUGUUUUCCCUCAUGCUGCAUCUGUAGGGGCCAGCGGCAGCCAUGGCGAUCGCCAGGCGUCUGCUGAACUGUUGCAGACGUUGCCCCCUAGAGGAGCAGUCCUGAAUAGGUGCUUUCCCUCACAACCACACAGUCCUGGACAAUCCAACAAAAUAAAAGGGUAGAAAGAUAAAAGAAAAGUGAAAAAAUUGAUCUCCAUCCUUAUGUGGAGAAAUGAUAUUACCUAGCUAAAUUCUUUGACCCACUGUCCUUGAAAUUGGGUGUUUUGAACCACUAGUUGAAGUUUGAAGAGCAACAAAAAAAAUCAGUUAAAAAUCAGUUUGCAUUGUGCAGUCUUAAAAAAAAAAAAACUUCCAUCUGUGUAUUUGGUGGGGGGAAUUCAGUCACAUGUUUGAAACGGUGAAAUGACUCUGACGUAUAGUUAGAAGCUGAAAUUACUCUGAAGGAUAGUUAGAAGCUGAAAUUACUCUGACGGAUAGUUGGAAGCUGAAUCUCUGAUGUGGAGCCUUGCUCAAUGUUGUUCUGGGCUGUUUUGUAUGUCCCAUUGUAAAUCCUCUCUCUCUCUCGACCCCCCCCCCCCCCCUUUCCUGCUCUCCAGUAGCUCUUCUAGUGCUGUGACUCUGAAGUCAGAACUAGACUUUUUUUUUCUUUUGUUGUUGUUGUGAAUGUUGUGUGAAUGUUUUUACUUCUCUGUCGUUCAUGGUGUUCGUCUCAGAUUUUAUACAGGAGCUGUUAAGCCAGUUUGCCGUCCUGUCCUGUCUCGGAGAGGGUUUGCAUUCCAUUGCAGAAGUCAUGUUGGUUUCUUGCUAAAUAAACUCUUGGACCAGUGUUUCUAAA